GCACCUAUAAAGCGCGUGAACGCAACACGCUCUGCCAUUGGCCACUGUCCACUGUCAGGUGGCCUCUGACUGGCUGAGGAAUCACAUUGGCCAUUUACGGAAGUGCGCCCGGGACCCAAAGUGUUGCGUACUUUGCCUCAUCGCAGUUAUGGACGCGAAUAAUGAGAGCAGCAGCCUGGCAGGAGUGCGCCAUGUCAUCUUGGUUCUGUCUGGAAAAGGAGGUGUGGGGAAGAGCACCAUCACCACUGAGCUUGCUCUGGCACUGAGGCAUGCUGGGAAAAAGGUUGGCAUCCUGGACGUGGACUUGUGCGGCCCGAGCAUCCCGCGCAUGCUGAACGCGACUCGGCGAGACGUGCACCAGUGCGACUCGGGCUGGGUGCCCGUCUACGCGGACGCAGAGAAAAGCCUCGCGCUCAUGUCCGUCGGCUUCCUACUCGAUGACCCGGACGAAGCCGUGGUGUGGAGGGGGCCCAAGAAAACAGCGAUGAUUGGCCAGUUUGUGUCGGACGUUGCGUGGGGAGAGCUGGACGUCCUGUUGGUGGACACGCCGCCAGGGACAUCCGACGAGCAUUUGGCCAUCUUGGAGAACCUCAAGAAGCACAAAGUAGCCGACGGGGCGGUUUUGGUCACCACCCCCCAGGCGGUGUCAACGGGGGAUGUCAGGAGAGAAGCAACAUUCUGCAAGAAAACUGGAUUGCGCAUCCUGGGCAUCGUGGAAAACAUGAGCGGCUUUGUCUGCCCGCACUGCUCAGAAUGCAGCAAUAUAUUUUCUAAAGGUGGCGGCGAGGAGUUGGCCAAACUUACGGGAUCCCCUUUCCUCGGUUGUGUGCCCUUGGAUCCUCAGCUGAGUGCCAGCGUGGAGCAAGGCAAAGACUUCCUCAAGUCAUUCCCAGACAGCGCCACCUUCAGUGCCAUUAGCGGCAUUACCAAGACACUCCUCAACAGCCUCUAAAACAGAGUUAAAAACAUGCAAAGGCUCCAGCCUGACCAAAGAAGUGUUGUGCGGAUAACUUCACAUCACUUUGUGUGAAAAUUUAAACUUAACGCAAAAUGCAUUGCUUCGGAACUCGUCUCUGACUGCAGUCAUAUUUUGCAAUAGAUUUUUUUUUUGAAGUUCUGCGUUUGUUUUCCUGUGACUGACCCUUCAGUUUGAAUUUGAAAACAUGUUUUGCAAAACA